UGACAAAAUGGAACCCACCAGCAGUGUGAGGAGACCUGAAAGUGGCACAUGGCAGAGUGUGGCGAUGAGACAGCAGCAAUGGGAGGCCGUACAGGGACCCAUAACACACUCUGGACCUGGCAGCAGCAUGAGGAGGCGGUACAGGGGCCCAUGACAGAUUACGGGCCUGGCAGCAGCAGAUGAGGAGUCGGUACGGGGGGCCAGCUCCCUAUCACAAAAUGGUACCCACCAACAGUGUAUGGAGAUGAAAGUGGCACAGGGCAGGUCUGGCGAUGAGUCAGCAGCAAUGGGAGGCCGUACAGGGACCCAUGACACACCUUGGAACUGGCAGCAGCAUGA